AUGGUAGAAACAUCGUCUAGCUACUCUCAGUCUACUGAUCUCUUUACACUCUUAUCAUGGUUGAAUAUUGAUCGACUAGGUAAACGUGCUCUCCUCGACGGCGCUGUAUGUUCUUUUGCUUUGCAUCUUACUGGCAAAGCAACCUCCAAUACUGCUCUAGUCGCUCAGAGCCGCACUAUAUAUGGCCUAGCACUCAAGGAAUUACAGACAGCGCUCCGGCAUUCAACAGAAUGGAAAGCACCUGAGACCUUGUGCGCUGCUAUCCUUUUAUGCUAUUUCGAGCUGUUUGCUGGUACCAGCAGUUCGGAAACCUGGCUUCAACAUGCCAAAGGCAUUGGUACUUUGAUGGAGCAGCGAGGCCCAGCGGCUCACGCUGAGGGCUGGGAUGCAGCUAUGCUGCUGUCAUUCCGUGGCAUUCUUAUAAUAGGCGACUUCUUCUACCCUGGCGAGGAACAAUUAUUCCUAUCGCGGCCGGAGUGGAACAGAGUCAUGUUUGACGGCGGUAGGCGUCUCAUCUACUCCGCCGACACUCCAAUUGGGCAUAUCCGCGUUGGCGAUGGUUUCAUUGCGAAUCUAGCCAAGCUUUCCCCUGUCCUGCACUGGGGGUAUCUCGUCCGCGAAGCCCACAGAGCUGGUAUAUGCGUUGAGCCUGACAAAGUCUCCGCCUUGGCCCACCUAGCUACAGAGAAUCAUGCGAGAUUCGCGCGAUGGUACGACGAUUUCGACGCUCUUGAGUUUCCACGACCAGUUGAGGUCUUGCCUACUGACCCGACAACUUCAUUGUUCGAGACAGUGUUGGAGCAUCAAUCCGGGGCGGCCGGAUCGUUGCUUAUGGGAUACUGGGCGAGUAUGCUUAUCCUUGAAGAAACAUUAAUAGAGUGUGAGACGCCGCGAGCUGACGCAGCCGCAACUUCUCGAUACUUUGUAGAGCAGAUACUACGCUCGAUAGAGUCGGUGGCACAAGGCGCCAUGGGACCGUAUCGAGUUGGGUUCGCAGUGCGUAUUGUCUAUGAAUUUGCGACUGGCGAAGAGCAGAGAUGGAUCACCCGUCUCCUGGAUAAGUUCUCGAAGGGUUAUGCCGCUGUUGACAAGAGAACGUAUCCCAAACCAAAGGACGACUUCAGUGGUUCUAUUGAAGAGUUGUUCAUUAGUCGAGGCUGA